CACAUUAAUGGGCGCGUCAUUGUUUAAGCUUUGCGAUUGCUGCCAAAGAAACAGAAACACCGUCGGCACACUUCCCGAAAGGCAUAUAAAGCUUCUGUUACUUGGACCCAUGGCCAGCGGCAAGACUGAAGUCGGCCACCUAUUGAGUCGUCAACACCGCCAAACUUAUGAGCCCACAAAUGGGGUGCAAUAUUUUAGGAUGGAGCUUCCGGAACGGCAAGUCUCCAUCACCGAGGUUGGUGGAAGCACGGAGAUGCAAAAGAUAUGGCAUCACUAUUUUUUAACGACUAUGGGGAUCAUAUAUUGCUUCGAUAUGUCGGCCACAUACAAUGAGUUACGAAAUUCCUUUGACUGUUUUCAGCGGACUCUAAUGCAUCCCCACAUACGAGGGAAGCCCUUUUUACUACUAGCCACAAAAGCCGAUCUGGCCGAUGAGGGAGUACAACUUUAUGAUAUUGAGAACACCUUUCAACUAGAGGCACUUGUAAAAACUUGGAUUUAA